AUGACAGUGUUGGAGACCCUGGUGUGUGUGGAGAUCACUGUCUUGCCACUGUGGCUAAAAUUAACUCUGUUCUUCUCUGGAUGGCCACAGACUGGGAAAACGCAAUACCACAGCCCCCCUGAAGUAGUGAUACCUUUGAGAGUCAUGGGUGCUUACAGAGGUAUGGAUGCUCCAGACUGGAUCUCUUAUAGCCUGCACUUUGGGGGUGAGAGGCACAUUGUCCACAUGAAAGCUAAGAAGAACUUCGUGUCCAGAUCUCUCACUGUGUUCACUUACACUGAAGAGGGUGCCCUUCUUGAGGACCAGCCUUUUGUCCGGACUGACUGCUACUACCAUGGUUAUGUGGAAGGGGACCCAAUAUCUAUGGUUACUCUUAGUACUUGCCUAGGAAGCUUUCAGGGAAUGCUGCAGAUAAAUGGAAUCACCUAUGAAAUCAAGCCCAAAGUGCUUUCGGCCACAUUUGAACAUCUAGUGUAUAAGUUGGAUAAGGAGGACAAACAGUAUACACCCAUAGGGUGUGGACUAACUAAAGAAGAAAUAGCAGAGCAACUGAAGUUUCAAGAGAAUGAUAAUUUCACUUUGAUGCAAAGUUCUUAUUCAGGGUGGUGGCUCCACCGAUGGUUUCUUGAACUAGCAAUUGUGGUUGAUCAUGGAAGAUUCAUUUUUAGGGACAGUAAUUCAUCAGCUGUGGAAAUGGAUGUUUUCAUGGGAGUUAAUUUAGUAGAUGACAUUUAUAGCUCAAUUAAUCUUGAUGUGGUUCUAAUUACAAUUGAAAUUUGGAAUUCAGGAAACCCUUAUACAGUAACAACCACACGUCAUAUGAUGGAAGAGUACUGCAAAUGGAAGAAAUCCAGCUUCAAUAAACGUGUGGUUCAUGAUUCUGCUCAUAUUAUUGUGAAACAGGAUUUUUGCAUCAAUGAUCUUAGUACAUCAUAUUUUUCAGGAGUAUGCAAUAUGAAUUUGAAUUGUGGUUUGGAAUGCAUUAUGGAUGAUGGAUUAGCUUCAUUUAGGACAUAUGUGACACAUGAGAUUGGUCAUGUAUUGGGGAUGAAGAAUGAUGAAGGGAACUAUUGCACAUGUGGGAGAAACAUAUGCAUAAUGAACAAAAAGCUAGUACCUUCAGAUGCAUUCAGCAACUGCAGUUAUGAACAAUUUAUAGACACUAUUUCUAGAAAGAAUUGUUUAAGCAAUCCCCCAAAUCCAGAGACUAUUGUUACAAAGAAACGCUGUGGGAAUGGUAUAACUGAAGAUGAAGAGGAAUGUGACUGUGGUUCCUUAAAAUUGUGUGCACAAGAUAUAUGUUGUUUAGAAAACUGCACUCUGGUAUCUGGGGCAGCAUGUGCUUCUGGGAUGUGUUGCCAAAACUGCCAGUUCAUGUCAUCAGGCACCGUGUGCAGGAAACGUGUCAGUCCUUGUGAUCUGCCAGAGUGGUGCAAUGGAAGCUCUGGUGCAUGCCCAGAAGAUGUGUAUGUGGAGGAUGGGAUCAACUGCCUGGACAGAAAUAUCUGCUUUCAAAAGCGAUGUAAUAACCACGAUGAGCAAUGCAGAGAACUUUUUGGUGAAGGAGCUAAGGGUGCAAGUAAGAUUUGCUAUCUAGCAAUGAAUACCAGAGGCGAUCGCUUUGGUCACUGUGGUAUGAAGAAUACGAAGUAUGUAAGAUGUGAUCAACAAGAUGCUCUGUGUGGGAGAGUGCAAUGUGAGAAUGUGACACAAGUUCCCCAUUUGCACAAUCAUUAUACUGUGCAUUCAACUCACAUUGAUGGACACAGCUGUUGGAGUACUGACUACCACUUUGGGAUGAGUGUACCUGACAUUGGUGAGGUGAAGGAUGGUACCGAAUGUGGUUCAGACUCUUUAUGCUUAAAAAAGAAAUGUGUCUUUAUGCCAACUAGGGAAGAAUCUUGUAUGCCCUUUUUCUGCAAUAAGAGAGGGAUCUGUAAUAAUAAACAUCACUGCCACUGCAAUGAACGCUGGGCCCCACCCAACUGCCUACUUAGGGGCAAUGGCGGUAGUAUUGACAGUGGGCCACCUCCCAAGAGAAAAUCACACAAGAUGAUUUACAUCAUAAUAAUUGCUUGGAUGUUGUUAACUUCAGACAAAUGA